AUGACCUACCUCGAGACCUCCCAGGCCUACCUGGAGCAAUCGGCCCAGCUCCUAGAGGCAUACCCCGAGACGACCCGCAUAACAACAAAAUACAACUUCCCCACAGAACGCCCCGCACAAGUCCUCAAACGCACAAAAUCACAAGCCAAAUCCAACAAGCCCGCGCCAACCUCCUCCGAACCCGCCGCCCCCAUCGCCUCCCUAACGCUGAAAACCUACAACCCGGAAUCCGGCAUCACGGUCCAAUACCGCACGAACAAGCUUCAAGAAGUCGGGCGCUUGAUGACGGGACUGGGAAAGCUGGCUGCGGGCGCGGAUGUUGCGAGCCUGGGAUUGUCGGCGCCGGGGGCUGAUGUUGAGAUGACGGAUGCACCGGAGGAGGGGGCUGGGUCUGCACCUGCACCUGCACCUGCGGCUGUGAAGGGUCCGGCGCAGGGUGGGAAGGGGAAGAAGAAGAAGGGUGGGAAGAAGUGA